AUGACAGGGAGGAGCUCUGACGAGAUGCGGUUGCUCCAUCACUAUGUUUCUCAUGUUUCAACUCUUAUGGUGCCAGUCGAUAGCACAAGCAAUCCAUGGAAAUCAACAUACCUAGCAAUUGGGUCGCAAAAAACAACAUCGGCAGCACGCGCGCUAUAUUCAGCCACCCUGGCGCAAGCUGCUCUCCACCUGGCUCACUUGAAGGGGCCUGUACGAGGGAAAUACGAAACAGCACUUGCCGUCCAGUACAUUGGAUUGGCAAUUGGUGAACUUCGGCAGAGUUUGUAUCUACAAACGGAUGAUUAUACUAGCGUUAUGGCCGCGCUUGUGACGCUCAUCUCGGUACAGCAUAUCUUUCAGAACAACUCUCAUGGUUGGCGGGACCACUACCGAGGCGCUCUCGGUAUUGUGUCACAGUAUCUGAACAAAAGACCCUGGUUGCUAUCGUGGGAUGCUUGGAUCGUCACUCAGAGCCUUGUUCUCGGUAUCAUUUUUGCAGGAACAGCGAACUGUUCGCCCACUGUCAUCAAUAGCGACAGCUCCCAAGUACGCGUUUUACUGAUGGAUGUGAUGACUGAACCUCAGUUUGGAUGCACGGUUGGUGGCAAUGCCCGUCAUCUUGAGGCGAUCCAUAGGAUCCGCAUGCUGGAAGAGGAGAUCGCGCGGAGCGGAGGCCCAAAGACCAUUCAAUCUAUGAACCCAGAAAUCCUCGAACAAGUUUGCCAAAUCAUUCAAUGGGUGCAGGUCCUACCGACCUGUGAAGAGGGCCCUCCUACACCAGAUCAACUUAUUGACCAGGAACCCGCGUCACUGGCGCAAUCACUUGUCAAGCUCCAUUCGCAGAUCUUUGACGGAGCUGUCAUGAUCCAUUUGUGUCGCGUGGUUCUUCAGCGUCCACCGUCAGCAGUGGCAAGCUAUGUGCUUCAAGUGCUCAGCAGUGUCAUUACUUUUAUUGGCAUGGGUGGUGGUCAUGUCUCCGCCUGGCCAACUUUCAUAGCAGCUGCAGAAGCUUGUACGGAUGAAGCUCAAGCAUUAGCGAUCAGAUAUUUCAACCACAGUGAGAUGUCAUUCGCGGGCAAUCGUGUGGAUAUCUACCGCGUUGCCCGUCAAGUUUGGGCGGAUCGUGAUGCGUUAGCCUUGCAACGGCACUGCAGCCCCGGUGACAUCCAACUCGACUGGCGAGACGUCAUGGCGAAACUAGGCAUAGAUAUACUGCUGCUUUAG